AUGUCUCAGGCGGAUGACUUUCACGACGAAGAUCUGGCUAGAGCUAUAGCGCUCAGCUUGCACGACCAUGCGCCCCCGCCAACGCGUCAUUCGGCUAGGACCGAAGGCGAAGUCAUUGAGAUCAGCGACAGCGACGACGAAGAUGUGAUAGCGGUCAAUGAAGAGGAUCGCAGAUUUCAGUCAGAAUUGCAACAAGCCAUAGAGGCUUCGAAGAAAGAGGAGGCACGGCGUGCAGCCUCGCAAGCCCUGGUCCAAUCAGCCGCAACACCGGAUCCGACAGUCUCGGCACCCCUUGCGACAGGGUUCCUCUCCGAGAGAGCGCAACUUGAACGCGAGCGACUCACAAGACAGAAACGGCUGCGAUCGGAUCUCGAUGCGGAGAGUAGCUCUGGUGUCGAUAGCGAUGCACACAAAUCGAAGAGGCAACAUCUUUCCUCGUCUUCUGGCGAAACACGAAGAGCCGACGUCUAUGCUUCUUCCAGUGCCCCGUAUACCCGUCCGUCUACAAGUACGAGCGCUCAGAGACAGUCCACAUCCACUACAACAGCAAGUAGCGCGUCCGAACAAUGGUACUGGGACGGUGAGAUGCGCCAGAUAGCCAACAUGCAUGUGGAUCCUGCAAGAAACACGGGGCCUACAUUCCGCCUCAGCGACAUUCUGGCACCUAGGGAUGAGAUCGACUUCGCUAUCGUGUCGGCAUACGUGUACAACUUUCCAUGGUUGUACUCCAUGCUCAGCCCCAGAACACCCGUGAUAGCAGUCGCACAGGAUCCACAAGGCCAGGAAACCAUCAAGGCGAUCCUACCGAACUGGAUCAAGACGACGCCGUUCCUGCGGAAUGGCAUGGGCUGUAUGCAUAUGAAGUUCAUGUUGCUAUUCUACAAGACAGGCCGCCUGCGGGUCGUUAUCUCGACCGCAAACAUGAUAGAAUACGAUUGGCGAGACAUCGAAAACACCGCAUGGGUACAAGACGUCCCCAAACGAUCAUCGCCAAUUGCGCACGAUCCGAAGGCGGACGAUUUCCCCUCAGCAUUCGUGCGCGUCCUUCGUGCUCUCCAAGUUGAACCGGCGCUCCUCUCCCAUGUCAAAAACGAUCACCCGAAUCUACCACUUCAGCGCCUAGAGCACAUACGCACGCAUUGGGACUUUUCGAAGGUCAAAGCCAAGUUGAUCCCGUCUAUUGCGGGCAAGCACGAGGGCUGGCCGAAGGUCAUCCUCACAGGUCAUCCGUCGCUGAUGAAAGCCCUUCGAGACCUCAGAUUGAAUGCAGACAAAAGAAAAGAAGUAAUACUAGAAUGCCAGGGAUCGUCUAUCGGAUCGUACAGCACGCAGUGGAUGAACGAGUUCCACUGUUCGGCGCGAGGCGAGUCCGCGCAGACGUGGCUGGAUGUCUCGAAGGCGCGUCGGGCCAAAUUGCCCUACCCACCUAUCAAGGUCCUCUUCCCGACGGCGCAAUACGUGCACGAAAGCGUCUUGGGCGAUCAGGGAGGAGGGACGAUGUUCUGUCGCCGAACGCAGUGGGAGGCAGCCAAGUUUCCGCGCGACCUCUUCCACCAAUCGCGAAGCAAACGCGGCCGGGUCCUCAUGCACUCCAAGAUGAUCCUAGGUACCAUUCGCGACAAGUCCGCUGCCUUCGGCACUAGUGGCGUGCAGUCAGAUAGCGAGACAGAACCGGAAGACGAUCCAGUUGAAGAUAGCAGACCGAGCAAGCCUGUCGGAUGGCUGUACGCGGGCUCGCAUAACUUCACACCGUCAGCUUGGGGGACGCUGUCCGGCUCUGCCUUCAAUCCAACGCUUAAUAUCACGAACUAUGAGUUGGGCAUCCUGUUGCCCAUCCACAACGAGGAAGAGGCGAACCGACUGACUUGCUGGGAACGACCUCCGCGAAAGUACGCGCUCGGGAGGGAUGAGCCUUGGAUACAAUCUGAGUCCCCGGCGUUCGCUGAGGACCUCUCGUAG